AUUUAUUAAAUUGAUCGAAUAUUAUGAUAAUAUUAUUAUAAUUAAUGUCUUACUACAUCUAUAUAAAUGCAACAUAUUUAACAAUAUAAAAAUUUCAGAAUUAUUGAAGUUAAUGAUGCAUCGUAAAUUUCAUAUGCACUUUUUCAUAUCUAUAUCCUUAAAUUUAAAUGGCACGAAAGUGCAUUUAAAAGACCAGCUGAUCAGAUACAGAUGGCGUUUUAGAUGUCAGCAUGAUGUAAAUGGUUUCAAAAUGGAUGGAGGUGCAUAUGAGUGGAAAUAGUUUAUUGAAUAACAAAAAUAGUUAAAAUGACUACCAUUGUACAAGAGGAUAAUGAAUUAAAAAGGUUACUCGGUAACCCUGCAAAAAAUGCUGGUGAAGAAUGUUCAAUGGCUCCGCCGCAAUCGACUAACGUCCCGCGGCCGAGCACAUCACAAAAUGUUAAUCCACAAUUGAUGAUUACCCCAUUGACUCCUGCUCAUAGUACAAAAGAAGUUCUAGAACCGUGUUUACAGAAUGUAGUUUCUACAGUUAACUUAGGUACAGAAUUAAAACUUAUGCAAAUUAAUACAAGAACAAGGAAUUCAGAGUAUAAUCCAGCUAGAUUCACAGGUUUAAUUAUGAGAAUUAGAAAUCCUAGAGCAACAGCACUAAUUUUUCAUUCAGGAAAGUUGGUAUGUACUGGAGCAAGAUGCGAAGAGGACUCCUAUUUAGCAACAAGAAAGUUUGCACGAAUAAUUCAAAAAUUAGGAUUUCCAGUUAAAUUUUAUAAUUUUAAGAUACAAAAUAUAGUUGCUACAUGUGACCUAAAAUUUCCAAUUAAGUUGGAAAAUUUAAAUCAUAUACAUGGACAAUUUUCUAGUUAUGAACCUGAGCUUUAUCCGGGUCUCAUAUACAGGAUGGUAUCACCAAGGGUGGUGUUACUUAUAUUUGUUAAUGGAAAAAUUGUAUUGACGGGAGCAAAGAAUCGAACUGAACUGCAAGAUGCAUUAAACAAUAUAUACCCAAUACUGAAAAGUUUUAGGAAGCAGUAAAAAUAUUUUCAGUACUUUAAGCUUUUUAAUAAACACGCAUAAUUUGUAUCAGAAUACGACGAACUACGACCAUAACGAUAUAAUUUAUUAGUAAAUCGAACGUUAUUUAUUGAAUGGAUAGGAAUUUUGUAUAAAUGCCAUUUUUAUUUGCAAUCACUGAAGAAUUUAUAAAUGAUCUUAUACAAUAAAUUAAGUACAAUGGAUUGUAUAAAUAUUGUAUAGAAAUUGUAUAUAAGAUCAUGUUCUCGUAAAGUUAAUAGCUAAGUGUCUUUUGUAUGCAAGGGAAAUAAAUACAAGGUAUUGUUUUAAAAAAAAUAUGUAUUUCUGAAUGCUGUAAUAAUGAAAGUAUUAAUCUAUUUUAUAUCGUUGUGGAACGAAAAUACAGUCGAUCAAAUGUAGCACAUUUAUAAAAAUCAUGAAAUUUCUUAUCGUACGAGAUACACGAUAUGUUAUCAAAAAAGAAACUGCAAAAAUAUUUUACGAGUAGAUAAAUUACUUAACAUCGUUGUAUUUAUUAUUAUUUACCAUUCCACGAGACAACGAUAAUUUUAUAUUUGAGACUUUUGCUAAUUCAGUUUCUUGUUAAUUGUUAAUACUUGAUAACAAAAUAUACAUAAUUUGUAAAAACAUAACACAUUUAUAUAUUUAACAUGUAUCGGAUUUAAAAUAUAUACACACAUAUACAUCGAUUCUAAGUCAUCAUAUCUCAUUGCAG